AUGGAUAUCCUGAAAAUCAGCCAGGAGCUACAGGACCUCCGCAGGAAGCGUGUCGAGCUCGGCCUCACAAGGAGCGGCAGCGGUGCCGCCGCCGCCGGCGGCAGCGGCGGCGGCGGCCCGGGGAUGUGGCGAUUGGGGUCGCGCGAGGGCCCGGGCUUCCUUGAUCGCGACGGCUCCGGCCGUGGGCGCCGCGCGGACGACCACCUCCCACGCGCCGCCCCAGCCGGCGGCGAUGGUGCCGGUGCCGGCGACCCGCCCGCAGCAUCGUCGGGCGCCCGCAAGCGCCUGCUGUCCGCGGUGGUGGUGGACGGCGAGCAGCGCGUCCCCUCGGGCGCGGCGGCCGUCGGGGACGGCAAGCGGCGCCGCAGCGGCAGCGAGGGCGGCGGGGGGGAGGGCGGGCCCGACGCCAACGGCGAGGCGGCGGGCGAUGGGGACGCGGGCGGGGAGCGGCCGGCGAAGCGGCAGGCACGGCCGGAGGACGUCAAGCGCAGCAGGCGGUUGUUUGGUAGCCUGCUGAUGGGAACGCUGCAGCGGUUCAAGAGCGAGGACCAGGAGUUUCGCGCCACAGAGGCCGCCCAGCGCCGCCAGGAGGCCGCCCGCAAGGCCGAGGAGCGCGCAGAGGCCGAGGCGGCCGCACUGCUCCAGGCGGCACGCGCGGAGCGCGGAGCCGCGCGCGAGCGCGAGCUCGGGGCGCUGUUCGAGAUAAACCUGGAAGCUGACACGAAGCUGCUCGAGCUGCGGGUCGCGAAGCGGGUCGCGCGGCGCGAGCUGGUGGCAGCAACGCUGGGGACGCGCGUCGAGGGCGCGCCGCAGCUGCGGUGGCUGCCAAAGGUGCACACCACUGCGACCCUGGCCGCGCUCUCGGAGGAGCGCGCCGCGUUUGAGGCGUGGCGGCAGCUGCAGCUGGAGCAGCUGGAGGAGGAGAAGCUGCAGCUGGCGGAGCGCGCGGCGGAGCGGCGCCGCCAAGCAAUCGCGCAAGGGGAGGCUGAGGAGGAGGCUGAGGAGGACCAGGACGUGCGUCUGGAGUUCGCAGGAGGGGAGCUGGAUGCGGCAGCGGAAGAGGUGGAGGAGGGCGAGGCGGCGCGGGAGGAUGAGCCUCGCACACGGCGGGACGGCAGCGGCAACAACGGGAGCGGCAGCGGGGGCAACAGCGGGACUGACAGCGAGGACGGGGGCCGGCGGCGUAGCAGCGGGGAUGCGAUGGAGGAUGAUGACUAG